CAUGAAACGCUUGGCUAAGUUAGGUGUAUGUGUCUUUCCUGAGACAGUCAGAAAUAAACUGCAGUCCUGGCAAAGUAAUCUUGAUGAAAAACUGUUAGAAGUGAAGGAAAAAUGGUGCAAGGGUGACAGUAUGACAUAUCAACUUGUUGGCGAUAACUGGGAUAAAAAUAUAGUACCCUCUUACAGGACUUCUAAAAAUUCAACACAGUCAAUACAUCUUUUUAACGUUAUUGGCGUCAUUGACCGGAUUGUAAUAAAGAAGGAAGAAGGCACUCCUGUUAGGACAGUGGACAGCAUGACAGCCGUUGACUUUAUACCAUCUGAAGGGGACAUUGACAGUCUACAAAAAGAACUAACGUUCCUUGUGGCCAGAUCUGUUAUCCAAAAUAUUAAACAAAUGGAAGAUUUGUUUGGGAAAAUUUACCCUGGCCAUCUGGAGCAUAUCCACAGUAAUGAAGCUGGAAUGAAAACUUCGCAGUAUUCUCUUGGUCUUUUUGAUUGUGAUGAAAAGAAAACAGCAGAUGUCAUAAGGUUGUUGCAAAACUUGACAGAGAAAUACGUUCCCAAGAAGGAUGGGGAGAUUGUUGAAGAAGUUUUUUUUGGAGGAGACAGACUGACUGAUGAAAAAAUUCAGGUUGCUCAGCAAGCAAUGAGAAAUGCUGACAGUGGCUUAGAGAGGUUAGAAGGCUUCAUUUCAAAGAUAGAGGAUUUUCAUCGCUUAAUGAAUUUUCUGGAGAAUUGCAGAAUGUGCUCGCAGAUCCUGAUCACGAGGAAAAUUACUGGGUUAAUUCUAUUGAAAAUGACAAUUUCAAGUGCCACUUCUGUAAUUCAAGGUAUAAAUAUGUAACAUCUUUGAAAAUGCAUGAAAAAACUAAACAUCAAGUUAACAUGUCUGCCAAGGUCCAAACAACAAACUCAUUGCUUAGGCAAACAGAUGAACUGAAUGACUAUCUUGUUUCAGUUUUCCGUCUAACAGCUCUUCACCAAAACUUAAACAGUGCUGUUGAUAUGGGUGAUGGC